AUGGAUAUUAUCAAUUCGCAAAGUCAAAAGGCUCUUGCUGUUUCGGAAUCGGCCACAACUCCAUCUGCCUACAACCAACUUAAACAUAAGUACACAGAGUACAUCGAACUCAACGUCUCGACAUUCAACCCCGCCAGCGUGGACAAUGCAAUCACAUUCACGUUCGCCGCAUUUCGCAACGCCAGCGGCAGCUCGAUCAACGGCUCUGCCGACUCCGCUUGCUUUGGCAGAUAA